AAUAGCUACCAUUGUGGCAGUGCUGAUAGGAAGUUGGUGGCAAGAUAGGAAACGUCAGAACAAUGUGAAGAACCCUAAAACAAUGCAAUCAAGUACCGACAUCGAAGAGACAUCGAUUGAUCCACCGUUAGAUCAAAAUAAGACGGUUACAAAAGAAGAGGAGGAUCUCCCGCCCCAGUUAAAGAUGAAAGGUGAAAAAAAGACAUCGAUUGAUAUAAGUAUAGGUCAAAAUGAGAAGAUUACGGAGAAAGACGAAAACCACCCUCUCCACUUAACGAAGAAGGACGAAGAAAAGACAUCGAUUAAUCCACCUGGGAGUGAAAAUGAGAAAAUUACAAAGAAAAAUGAAGAUUACCCAUUCCACUUAACGCAGAAGGACGAAGAAAAGGCAUCGAUUGAUCUACCUGUGAGUCAAGUUGAGAAACCUACAAAGGAAGACAAAAAUCACUCACUCAAUUUGACGAAGGAAGGCAGAGAAAAGACAUCCAUUGAUCCACCCUUGAGUCAAAACGAGAAACCUACGAUGGAUGAGGAACAUUACACACUCCGCUUAGCUGAUAGCUUGUUACAGAAAUCAGAAAUUAUAUCAACCGGGUCUCCCGCAGUUUAUAAGCUUCCAACCGAAUUGAUAAUGAGCCAAGAGAAGGGUAAGAUUACUAAGAAGAGCGUCGGCAGCCCCAUUGAUCUUGGUGGUCGAGGAACUGAAAAAGUGCUCAUGGUCGUUGGUGCAACAGGAGCUGGAAAAACAACGCUUAUCAACGGCAUGAUCAACUAUAUCCUGGGUGUAAAAUGGGAAGACAAUUUCCGUUACAAACUCGUCGUAGAAGAUAGCAAGGCCUCACAAGCUCACAGUCAGACAAAGGACAUCACUGCCUACACGUUUCACCCGAUGAAAGGCUCCACUGUUCCUUACAGGUUCACUAUAAUUGAUACACCAGGCUUUGGAGACAGAGAGGGUGUAAAGAGAGACAAAGAAAUCACCAACCAGAUAAAAGAGUUUUUUUCAAUUCCUCCUCCAAAUGGCAUUGAUCACCUUGAUGGCAUUGGUUUUGUCACUCAAGCUUCCCUGGCCGGCCUGACCCCCACACAAGAGUAUAUCUUCGAUUCUGUCCUGUCCAUUUUUGGAAAAUAUGUGGCGAAAAACAUCUUUAUGCUGGUUACGUUUGCAGAUGGUCAAAAGCCCCCAGUUAUGGAAGCCAUAAAAAAUGCCAAAAUCCCAGCUCAGAAGUUUUAUAAGUUCAACAACUCAGCCCUUUUCGCAAAUAAUGUUAAGAAGAACCUAAAAACCGUACAUGGAGACGAAGAAGAUGAAGAUGACGAGUUUGACUCAAUGUUUUGGAAGAUCGGGAUUAGUUCCUUCAAAAAAUUCUUCUCUAGUUUUGAAAAGUCGCAAAGUGUCAGCCUCCAACACACUCAAGAGGUACUAAGGGAACCCGAACAGGUACAAAACAUGAUUGAAGGGCUGAACCCACAGAUCAAAAUGGGUCUCGGCAAAAUCGAAGAAAUGCGACAGGAAGAGAACAUCUUGAGACAGCGUGAAGCGGAGAUCGAGCAGAACAAAGAAUUUACGUACGAAGUUAACAUUACCAAGCCAAAAAGGAUUGACCUCAGUGGGACUGGAAGACAUACUACCACAUGUCUUCGCUGCAACUAUACGUGUCACGAAAAUUGUGCAUAUGCAGAUGACAACGACAAACGUAAAUGUUGUGCCAUAGACAGACGUGGUUACUGCACAGUGUGCACACAGCAUUGCGUCUGGAAGGAACACAAGAAUCUUCCUUACAAUUAUGAGUACGAAACCUCACUGAGACCAGAACCUCCGAAGAUCUCAAAAAGAAGUACGAAGCAGCUAAGUCAGGGAAGACCAAAGUGGAAGGUAUGAUUGGAAAUCUAGAGAAGUUUCUUUUGAAUGUGCAUACUAACGUCCUCACAAUGAUAAUCAAAGUCCAGCAAAGCCUGCAACGCCUGGAUGAAAUUGCCCUCAAACCCAACCCACUGACUCAAAUCGAGUACCUGGAGCUACUCACUGAGACCGAAAAGAAUGAAGCCAAAAAAGGAUGGAAACAGCGCGUUGAGCUGAAUGCUAUCCAAAGUAAAAGAUGUUAAAGCGGCAGAAAAACAGAUCAAAGAUAAAGAAUCCAGUGGCGACAAAUGGUAUUCUCGAUUCAUGUUCUGGAAAUAGUAACUUGUCCUCUAUGAACCCAUUUGAACGAAAAUUUCAUAAAGUAAUGACUUGAAGCUUGAUAAAUCAUUUACAACUAAUUAACAACUAUUCACCAAA